GCGCAGAUGUCAACCGCCGUCAGAGAGCGAAAAGUGCGCAGGCGCUAACCGACUCGCGAGUAUCGGAGCUCGGCCUGAAAUCGGCGGGAAACUUUCCACUGGAUCCAGCAGCAACCGGCCAAGAGCCGGUAACUAAUCCAGGCUAAACGCGGUGAAAGUCAGUGUAUAGUCUCUGUGGAUACCGCGGGGCCUGAUUUAAAUAAUUUAAAGAUUGAAUAUUAUCGAGCCGGACCGGCCGGGCCCGAGAUACCCGUUGCUGUUUGGGAAUUUGCUCCAUAGCAAAAUCUGCACCGGUUCAGGAUAUAAACCAAUUUCAAGAAUGGCCAAGAUCACAAAAGAACUGUUGCUUGAAAAAGCAAUUCCAAAACACUCCAAAUUGGAACAAGUCAAGAAAAUCAAUCUUUCCAACUUGCAGUUGAAAACGAGUGAUUUAGAUACAAAGUUAUUUUCCCAGUUACGGAAGUUGGAAGAACUGGAUGUGUCUGGAAAUCUGUUGACAGAAAUUCCAGACAACCUGGGACUUGUCAACCUGAGGCUUCUCAACUGUGCCAGUAAUGAUAUGGAGCAGAUUACAUCACUGAAUCAGUUUAAGAAUCUCGAGGACCUGAAUUGUGAGGAUAACUUGUACUUGACAAUCUGUGACAUCUACAAGGUAAUGUACCUGUUGCCUAAUCUCCGGCGACUCAAUGGCAAAGAUAUAACAUCCAGUGCAAAUCACCUGAGAUUUGUCAACAGCCAAAGGCUAAUGUCUUUAGUAACUGAUUUGUGGGAGAAGAAGUACAAUUUCCAGCUCUCGAAGCCCCCUACAGCUGCUGAGAUAAAAGCAGUUGAAAAAGACUUUGUGAAAAUUGCAAUUGCUGAAGUUAAAUAUGGUCCAAAUUCCCUGAGUGAAUUUACAAAAUGGAGGGUGGAAAUGAUAGCUACAGAAUUUGUGACUUCUCUACUGCAGCAUGAGAAGCAGGUGUCCUCUGACUUAGAAGGAAGUGAAAAUGAAGAUGAGGAUGAAAACAAAGCAAAUCACACCGAUGUCCUUAGUUCUACUAGAAGAAAUACGCUGCGCCCUCGGUCCUCCACCGCAGCAUCUUCAAGCAGAAAUACCAGGGUUCAUGCUGCACAGGAUACCACAAAGAGUAGAAAGCAAGUCAGUUCUGGAAGAGCUGAGUUGUCACAGAAUGACACUGAAGACAUUUCCAGAAAAAGUAUGAAAACUCAGGGUGGAAAGGAAAGACAAACUGCUCCGAUGGCUAAACAUCUCAAGGAAGACAAUAGAGUUGAAAUGAAAAGGGAAACCAGGACUGCAAAGAGGAAUGGUUCAACAACUCCGAUUGCAGUCAGUAAAGAGAGUAUUCCACGGAAGAAAUCAAAGUACAAGAAAUCUCUUGUCCUAGAACCUCUACAUUUUCUACAGAGCCACAGCAGGGAUGAUAACCCUGAGGAUUUAAGCACUCAGCUCUGGGCCUGUGCUUUUGAACCAGAAAUAAAGAACUCCCAGAUUCCAGAUGCAGGGCUGCAGUCAUCUCGAACUGUAGCUACAUGCGGAGGGGAUUCAGUUUGCAUCAUUGACUGUGAAACCGGGAACGCCCUUCACAAGUACAAAUCAGUUGGAGAGGAAUUCUUUUCUCUGGCCUGGACUACCCUAACUAUGAUUGUUAAGGAUCAGAAAAGAAAACUCAAUGUGUUAGCUGCAGGUGGCCAGACGGGUGUUGUAAAGCUGAUUCAUGUGAAAGUGAAUUACUGCUAUGGGAAGAUAAAGGCUCACAAGAGAUCAAUCUCUACUCUCUGCUUCUGUCCAAAACGGGAGACGUUUCUUUUCACUGGAUCCUAUGAUAAAUCCAUCGUCUUAUGGGAUAUUGGUGUUCCAGAUUGUGAUUAUAACUUCAGAGUCAGUCAAUUGCUGGUUUUGAAAGUUUGUUCAGUACCUUUGAAGAUGAGUCUUGUUCCAACCUGCCCUGAUCAAUACCUUGUGGCCGCCUGCGAAGGAGGAUGCUUUGCCUGGGACAUCACACUAACAAAAUAUGAGGGCAAAAGAAACAUUAAGAUGGAAUUUGUGUUCCCAAUUUACAAUAAAAAAGAUGGUAAAUCUGAUCGCUAUAUUGUUGAUUCGUUGGCCUUCUGCAAUGAUGAUCUUGUAGCUUCCAAAGCUUCCAUGCAAGGCUCAAUAUACCUGUGGAGCUGGAGUCAAACUUUAAAAACAUGGAACAAACACAAUACAAAAGUGAGUGCAGUGAUUCUGAGAGAGAUGGAGUGGUCAAAUACAGAGGAAGUUUACAUAGCACUCACUGCUUGUCCAGUUGAAAACUACCUCAUAUGUGGAGAUGAGAAGGGAGACAUUUGGAUGUAUGAGCUCGAUGAGUUCAACAGUGAAGAAAUUACUUCUGGCAAGACCUCACCAACACAGAUUCUCAAGUGGCCAGCCGUAAAAGCACAAGGGGAAAUAAUUGAAGGAACAUUGAUAAAUAAUGUAACCACGGACCCAGAAUUUAAAUACCUUGUAGCAGUGACAGAUAAAAACAUCAUUGUUAUUUGGAAAAGAACAUAACGUUUUCAGCAAGGGAUCAGAACAACUGGAUGUCCAGAAUCCAAAUUUACAGCCAUCUUGACUUCAAAUGGUGCGGUACAGCAUUCCAGUAUUGUAUUCCAAAUAGUCCUGCAUUUUAAUCCGAGAUUCCUGAGCCCCUUCUGGAUGAGAAAUGUGCCUUUUUAAGAAGAUGGACAAAGUUGAAGAGUUAUUGAGCCAAUGUAAUAAAUACUAGCAGAUCAACUGCAGUGCUGCACAUGGUUAAGUCAGAGGAUAUGCUGAGUAGUAAAUACAUGCACGACAUGAAGUAUCAAAGCAAACAUUGUCAUGUUGAGAAAUGUUAAAAAUGCCAUACAAUGUCUAGUACACAUUUUGUGUCUGUCACGCUGCUAGUUUCAUGAUUUCACUGUCAAAUUUAUGCGUCGCACUUCAAAAACAUAUAAGCAAAGGCAGCCCUUUGGCACAGGAGCCAGAAUGUGCCUAUCCUCAGAGGGAUUUUACCAAACAUUUGAAAGAUCAAGAAAGCGAGUGUUGUAAACUGAAUCUUGAAGAGACAUUAAACCUUGACUUAAUCUUAACAGUAUUAAACUUUGAGUCCUUAGAGGGACACAUCUUAACGUUACUGGCAGACUUACUUCAUGGUAUAAUAUGGGUAUUGUAUGUAUUAAAAGUCCUGUGUCUA